GUUCUUUUUCUUUACUUCUCAGGUAUUUGGUGGGUGGUGUUUUUAUGGGGAUCGGCUUGUAAUGCAGUGAUUUACGGAAUCGCUAUGAUUAUAUCUAUUGUCAAUCUAAGAGCCCACAAUCGUGCCAGAAUUUAUUUUCCCUGUUUGAUGCUAAUAAUGGGUUUAAUCAGUACUUUUACCGUUCUCCUUACAUCAUUUUGUUGUUUUCUUUCAGAUGGGUGCCAGUACCGGUUACUGAGUGAAGAGGCAUUCUGCGUGAAUCCAGGUCUUUCAGAAUUCGCCCGAUUCCCCCUAGAAUCUAUAGGAUACCUACGGCCCCUUCUUGAACAAGUUAAUAUGCGUGUACCCUUGCAUAAGCGCUCUCAAACGCCUCUCUUUCUCCGCGCCACUGCUGGUCUUCGGUUACUACCGGAGUUUGCUGCUGAUGCCUUACUUGAAUCGGUGUAUAGUCUAUUCAACUCCUCAGGCUUUUAUUUAGCCACUGAAGGAGCGGUGGGUAUUAUGGAUGGUAUAGAUGAAGGUUUCUUCGCUUGGAUAUCCCUCCUUUUCCUUCGACAGGAGUCCUGCAUUGAAUCCUGUAAUUCUUCCCAAUCUACACUGCCAGCAGCAACAACAACAACAGCAGAAUCUAAUUCUUAUCUCCAUCAACAAGCAAUCUUCGACUUGGGUGGUGCAUCAUUCCAGGUUACUUUUGGGACCAGUUCAACUAUCGAUGAAGGGCAUAAUGAGGAUGUCCAUGUGAUGCCUAGUGCUUACAUUGGUACCCAGUUUGCUCCACCUAGUGGAAAGUUCUUUGCCCAUAGUUACCUCGGUUUGGGGCUUAUUUCCGCAAUGCAUUCCAUGUUUAUGCGAUCUUCAAAUUUUUCGGACCUGAAAAAAGCACACCAUUUACUCUCUCCGUGUUUCCCUAUCGAUGCCACUGGUAAAUGGUACUAUGGAGGCACGAAUUGGACAAUUACUCAUGGUUUCGAUGGCCGUGUUUUUCCAGCCGACCAAGCCUUUGAUCAGUGCUUUGAAACUGCCAUAGGCGUUAUCUCUGAACGUGGAUUAGGGGUUAACCGAACGCAUCAUAUUGAUUACUUGAAGGAUAUUGAAAUCCACGCAAUGUCCUACAUGUGCUCCAUUACAGAGGAAGUUUCUGAAACGUUUUCAAGUAGUAUAGGCGAUGGACGUGUUCCUGUACAAUGGUACUUUGAUGCUGCCAAGAAAGCUUGUUCUGAAUGGCGGUUAGAGGAACCGUUUCGAUGCACAGAACUCACUUACAUAUACGCUCUCCUUUCGCAUGGAUUUGAUCUUCCUAUGGAUAAAUAUCUCAAUUUGAAUAGAACAAUCAAUGGAGUGGAAGUUGGAUGGCCAGUUGGAUUCCUAGUAGAUAUUCUUCUUCGAUGUUCUUAUUAA